UGGGGCAUCCUGAAACGGACCAAAAGCAAAAAAGCACGUUGCUCAGUCAGUUCCCCUUCUAUCCUCACCGACGGCGAAGACCCACCGAUCCGGCGAUCCCCACCAGAAUUCACCCACCUCCCGCCCGCGUAGGGCUCGCUCCGCCGCCGCCGCCGUCAUGGACCUCCCGGCCGCCACCGGCGGGGGCCGGCGCACGAGCUACUCGCUCCUCUCCCAGUUCCCCGACGACCCGGCCGCGCCGGCCGUCCUGCAGCGCCAGUCCAGCGGCGGCAGCAGCUACGGGCCCGGCAGCUCCGUCUCCGCCUCCAGCGACUACCCCUUCAACCACCACCUCCCCCCCUCCGCCGCCCCCGCCGCCGCCGCCGGGGGCACGCCCAAGAGCUGGGCGCAGCAGGCGGAGGAGACGUACCAGCUGCAGCUAGCCCUCGCGCUCCGCCUCUGCGCCGACGCCGCCUGCGCCGCCGACCCGGGAUUCCUCGACCCCGGGGACGCCAAGAUGAUGGGAGGGCCCGGCCCCGGGGGAAGUGGGAGCGGCAGGGCGUUCCCGCUCGCGCCACCCACGCCCACCGCCGAGGCGCUCUCGCACCGCUUCUGGGUAAACGGCUCGUUAUCGUACAGCAACACGAUACCGGACGGGUUCUACCUGAUCCAAGGGAUGGACCCGUUCGUGUGGUCGAUGUGCACCGACGUGCACGAGGAGAACCGCAUACCCUCCGUGGAGUCGCUCAGGUCCGUCCGCCCCGGCGACUCCUCCAUCCAGGUGGUCCUCGUCGACAGGAGGGCCGACUUCGAUCUGGGGAUGCUGGAGAACUAUGCGGCCAGCUUCCUGUCCAGCUCCGCCGACAUCAAGGAUGUGAUCAAUCAGCUGGCCAAACUCGUGUCUUCCAGAAUGGGGGGUACAGCCUCCAAUGAAGAAAACCUGCUUCCGCGCUGGAAGGAGAGCAGCGAGGCGAUCACGUCGAGUUCGGGGUCUAUUGUGCUUCAUCUGGGGAAGUUGCCGAUUGGUCUCUGCAAGCAACGCUCUUUGCUUUUCAAAAUGUUAGCAGAUAAAGUCAACGUACCAUGCAGAUUAGUCAAGGGUUGUAAAUACUGCAAAGCUGAGGAUGCCUCGUCCUGUGUUGUACGUUUUGGGCUUGAAAGGGAAUACUUGGUUGACUUAAUCGGGGAGCCUGGCCAACUAUCUGAUCCUGAUUCCUUUGUCAAUGGUCCCUACUCGCUAUCAGUGCCCUCACCUCUCCGUCCUCCAAAAUUUAGGUCAUUAGAGAUCACUUCAAAUUUCAGCUCAGUUGCCAAGCAAUACUUCUCAGAUUGCCACUCCCUCAAUCUAUUGUUCAGUGAUGCUUCCACAGGUGCUUCUAGUGGUGCUGCAGUUGCUGUAGACCAAAUGUAUUCGAAGAAACAUGAUGCAGGUGACGGGAUCGCGAGCGGCUGGGUGCCAGUGAAAGGGCAACCAACUAUAAACUCGGACAUUAUUCUGCCAGAAGCUCCUCGGGAGAUUUUGCCACUUAUGACUUCCUCCAAUUUAACUGCUGAUAAAAAGAAAGAAUUCCAGUUACUCGAGGGGAAUCAGUAUCUACGGAGUACAGUAAGUGAUCUGUCACUUGCUGUGGAUGAUCUGAUAAUUCCAUGGAAUGAGCUGGUUUUAAAGGAGAAGAUUGGAGCAGGUUCUUUUGGAACAGUUCAUCGUGCUGACUGGCAUGGAUCGGAUGUUGCUGUGAAGAUACUGAUGGAGCAGGAUUAUCAUCUGGAUCGCUUCAGAGAAUUUAUGAGAGAGGUCGCAAUAAUGAAAAGUCUGAGGCAUCCAAAUAUUGUUCUCUUCAUGGGUGCUGUUACUGAACCCCCAAACCUAUCAAUAGUUACGGAAUACUUGUCAAGAGGUAGCUUGUAUAAACUUUUGCAUAGGACUGGUGCAAGGGAAGUUCUGGAUGAGAGGCGCCGUUUGAACAUGGCGUUCGAUGUGGCGAAGGGAAUGAACUAUCUGCAUAGACGUAGCCCCCCUAUUGUUCACCGUGAUUUGAAGUCUCCAAAUCUUCUAGUCGACAAGAAGUAUACUGUGAAGGUAUGUGACUUUGGCCUUUCACGACUGAAAGCCAACACCUAUCUGUCCUCGAAGUCUUUGGCCGGAACUCCUGAAUGGAUGGCACCUGAAGUGCUACGAGAUGAGCCGUCCAAUGAGAAGUCUGAUGUCUACAGUUUCGCUGUGAUCCUAUGGGAACUUAUGACAUUACAACAACCAUGGUGCAACCUGAAUCCUGCCCAGGUAGUUGCUGCUGUAGGCUUUAAAGGAAGAAGACUCGAAAUUCCAAUAGAUUUGAAUCCUCAAGUAGCUGCAUUGAUCGAAGCCUGUUGGGCUAAUGAGCCAUGGAAGAGACCCUCAUUUGCUAAUAUCAUGGAAACUUUGAGACCUUUGAUUAACAAGGUUGCGGUGCCACAGUUGCUCCGUUCAGACUCAUAUAUUAUCAAAAAAUCUGCGUGUCUUGCACUUCUGUUCUAUUAUACUGAUAUAAAUUUGCAACAUUCUGAUCUGAACUUAUACAUGGAACCGCCGGCCCGCCCCGCCGCCAUGCGCGCCUCCAUGGACGCCCCCUCGGCCCGCAGAUCCGCCGCGCCGGACCCGGGCGCCGCCCCCAAGAAGCCGCGCCUCCUCGCGCCCCCGCCGUCCAGGGACCCCAGAUCCUCCUACGCCGCCGCCGCCAACGGUGCCAGAGCGACCGCGGAUGCGGCUGCGGCCGCGGCGGCGGCGGAGCAGCAGGCGCAGGUGGACGAGCUGGUGGCGCAGUACCGGACGGCGCUCGGGGAGCUCACCUUCAACUCCAAGCCCAUCAUCACCAACCUCACCAUCAUCGCCGGCGAGAACCUCCACGCCACCAGGGCCAUCGCCGCCCUCGUCUGCAACAACAUCCUCGAGGUUCCAAGUGAUCAGAAGCUACCAUCUCUUUAUCUGCUUGACAGUAUAGUCAAGAAUAUUGGAAAAGAUUAUAUUAAACAUUUUUCUGCAAGAUUACCUGAGGUUUUUUGCAAGGCAUAUAAACAGGUUGAUCCUCCUGUACAUUCUAGCAUGAGGCACCUUUUUGGAACAUGGAAAGGAGUGUUUUCUCCAGCUUCACUUCAAAUGAUUGAAAAGGAACUUGGUUUUCAAUCAUCUACUAAUGGAUCUUCAGGUUCUGCAGCAUCAAAGCCUGAUUCUCAAUCCCAGCGCCCAUCCCACAGCAUUCAUGUUAACCCCAAAUAUUUGGAAGCAAGACAACAGCUCCAACAACCAAAUAAGGGGCUACUGGGAGCCGGUGCCAAGACGGCAAUAAUUUCUGAUUCUGAUGAUGAUGUCGACAGGGUUAACACAAUAGCUAUUGACAAAGGUGCAGGGAGACGGCUGGAUAAUCUUAACUCUAGACCCCGCGCUCAGAGGGACCCUUUUAGUAAUCCUAUUCAUGAGAAGCCAGAUAGAGAUAUCAGGGGCCUUGGAUUUUCCAGCAUCUCACAACAGCCUGUUGGAGCUGGUCAAGUUCGUUCAAAGUCCAAAGGCCAAGAUGGAAUCGGGGGAUCAUAUUAUACUGGAGGUGUUAGUUCUUCUGAAGAGCAAUUUGACAGACGCAGCAACUUUUAUGCAAAUAAAGAUACUCGGCCUCCAGAAUCUGAUCGUUUUGUCUCUGCACUUCUACCAACUCCUGUUAGUACUUCUGAUAGGACUGGUAGGCUGUCAGCUAACAAAAGCUGGAAGAACUCUGAGGAAGAAGAGUACAUGUGGGAUGAUUUACAUACUCAAGGAGCAGAUUAUGGAGUUGCCAGUUCUGCAAGAAAAGGAGAAUUGAUGGCUGAGGAUGGCAAUAUUUCAAGCUUUCAGAGGGCUAAAUGGUCAGAGCUGGGAGACCAUUUGGACCCUGACUUCCGCAAACAAGAUACCAUCCCUAGAUUUGGACAUGAAACAGGCCAAGAUAGAAGAAUCGCAGCAUAUAUGGAUCGUGAAGAGUACCUUCACAGCAAGCGUGAGUUGGAACCAAGAAUAGAUAGGGAAAUGUGGCCUGAAGGACAACAGUUUCCAGAUUCUCGUGUUUCCUCUCUCUGGUCAUCCCAGGAGAAAACUCGCCCAGACAUUGCGCGGGAUCCCAGGAUAUCAAGAUUUUCCAAUCAGUCAGCAAGCAUCACUUCAUCUGUACCUGUAGGAUUAUCAGGAGCCUAUGCUGGACGGUCAAGCCUGGAAAGUGCAACUAGUGGUCCUACAACUUUUGGGCAACAAAAACAUAAACAGUGGUCACCUUCCCCGCCACCUGUCCAGGCACCUUCAUCUACUGCAUCCUUUGCGCGCCAGAGCUCCCCAAGCUCUGUGGAGCAUGAUAUGUAUGCUUCCAGAUCAUCUUUCCUAUUGAGCCAAAAUCCCCUGGAGGAACAUAACCAAAGAGCUCAUGCCUUGUCUCAAGGUGCUACGCACUCUCAGGGCCGGCCUAAUCUUCAAGCAACACCACCACAUACUUCCUCGCAGACUCAAAAGCACCCUUCUGUUCUGUCAAAGCCACAUCUCAAGCCACCUAACAAUCUCUUUCCGCAAGACAGUUCAUCAUCAUCGCUGUUUAGGCCUUCUAUCCAUCUGCCACCUGAAGAAGUUCCCUUGCCCAGUGACCCAGCACAUGUAAACUCGGAUCAGGUAAGUGCUAGUAACUUGUUGGCUGGUCUUCUAAAGAGUGGAUUCAAACCGAACACAGGUGAUCAUGCUAGCUCGAGGGCACAACCUCCUCUUCCAUUGGUCAUGCCAUGUCUUCUGGCUGCUUCAGCCAGUGAAAAUGCUACUUUGAAGCCUCAUGUCCCAAACUCUGUUCGCCCACCUUUGCCACCAGGCCCGCCACCAACGCAGAAAACUGAUAAUCCUGCACCGCUCUCAAGUCUUCUCAGUAGUCUGGUUGCAAAGGGGCUAAUUUCUUCACCGUCCACUGAUUCGUCUGCUGCGUUGCCAGGAAAGCCCAGCAAAUCAAGUCCGAGCACAUCUGGUGUCAGUGCUUCACCUCCACCUUUGCAGAUUGUCCAGCCUUCAGUUGGCAAGGAGAAAUCUGCCCCAAAAAAGACUUUGUUGCCCCAACCUGUUGAAAUCAAGACGGCUGACCUUAUCGGUCUUGAGUUCAUGCCAGCACUGCUUCGUGAGUUCCAUACGCAUGUGGUUGACAGCCUCUUUGAUGACCAAUGCCAUCAAUGUAAAACAUGUGGUCUAAGAUUCAGACUUGAAGAGGAUCUCAGUGAACAUGCUGCCAGCCACGAAUCAGGCUCUUCCGAGCCUAGAAACAGUGGCAUCGCACCUGAAAGAUGGUACCCUAACAAGAAGCGCUGGAUUGAUAGAUCACCUGAACCGCAGGACAUCUUCCUGGACUCUGAUACAGAGUUGUGCUCUGCAGAGGAAGGUUGUGAGUUUAUGGUUCCUGCAGACGAGAGCCAGAUUAUCUGUGCACUUUGCGGGGAGCAAUUUGAGGACACAUAUUCCAUCGAUAAGGGUGAGUGGAUGUACAAGGGUGCUGUCUAUUAUGAUUACUCAAAGGUAGAAAGCAACCGCGGUGGCGUUGUGAAGAGUCAAGAGCGUGCACCCAUUGUCCAUGGAAGAUGCAUGCCAAGGAUUGCAGACGAUGGCAUGGAGGAGGAUUAGUAUUAUUGGCAUACACAGCAGCAGGAACACCAGCAAACAACAACUGAGAUCAUGACAUUGAGGUUCAUUUGCACGAGGGCAAUGUCACCAUUGAUUACAUAUGGAGGCUCAUUUGCACGAGGGCAAUGUGCAGCAGCGAUCAAUAUAUACUGCAGCAGCUCGGUGGAUUAGCGCGAAGCAUCAGCGAAUUUUUUGGUCGACUUGUCCCUCAGAUGUCACCAUUUCAUCGUGUAGAAAAGGUGUUUACAGAAAGAAUAAACGCCCAGUCAUUAGUCGGGGGCAUUUCGAUCCCCCUGGUGGGUCAAAUUUUUGGUGGGGGUUCUGAUUACAUGUGUUUGAUCUUUCUGUUCAUAUAGGAUGCCAUGUAUGCUAAGAGUGUAUUGUUUGUUUGGUAACCAGGAAGGGUGAAACAGGUGACGCCGACAGAGUUACUGCUGUAUCUUGACAACUUUCCUGUAGAGUCUCGAUAUGUAGUGGUUUUUGUACUUAAAACCAAACUGACAAUAGAACAAGUUCAUCA